CAGAGGUUAAUCCACGACACGCUGCCAGAAUUGCAUUAACCACCGUCAAAGCAUGGCUUCAGGAAAACAAAGAUUCGGUGGAUAAAAUCAUAUUCUGUGUGUACGAUAUUGAUAACUGGGCAUGCUAUCAGGAAUUCAUGCCGGAAAUUUUCCCGCCAAGUUCAGCCAAAGACACAUCCGAAGCAUGUUUACUCCCUAUUGAAAUCCUUAGAAUGGAUAAGCAUUCAAUAGAAUUAUACAAACGAGCAUUAAGUGAGGGCAAAGAGGCUGUUUACAAUAUUCGAGUAAUGGUUGUCGGCCAUUACGGUGUUGGCAAGACAACGCUAACAAAGCGUCUAUUUGAUGAAGAUGUGGAUAUUAAUAAACGAGAGAGUACAAAUGGUAUUGAUGUUCACGUGAAAAGAUGCAAGGUGUCCCUGCAAACUCGACAAUGGUUUAUCUCAGAAAAUUGUGAUUGACAUCUUUCUUUGAUCUUUUACCGCUUUCUCGUUUACAAGUUUUUUUAGUUUAAAUAUAUAAUUUUUCAUGUCCAUUGCCUUUACUUUGGCGGAGUCUGUUUUACAAAAUUCGAUGUAAACAUUCAUUAAUGGUCAUUAACCUGGUUUAAUAUUCAGUUCUGCUGAAGCAGACGAUAAAAAGUGUGGACGGUAACUUGCAUUUACCACUGUAGUUUAUGAGCAGGUUUAAUCGAACCUGGACUGUGCAGCAUUUUCAAUUUUGCUUUGUCAGGCGACUUGUAAGGUUAAGGUUUCCAUCUUGACUAUUCUCAUAGGAAUGAUUUUAUCAUGGUGGGUGACUACAUUUUACUUUUAACUGAAUGUCGUUGACUUCAU